AUGACUGCGCCGCUUUUUGCGUCGAACAACGGAGUGGAUCAGCAACUCAUCAAGGAUUCGUUUCAAGCUACAAUUUUGAUUGCAUGGCUCGCGAGGGGUCCUAAUUUAGAUUCAAAUUUGCUGAAGUGGAUGCAUACCUGUGACGGACCCAGGAGUGCUGUGAUGGAACUGAUUUUCACUUGCCUCAGCGAAGCCCGAACUUCGGGAUGCGAUUUCCGUGGUCGAGAGCCGUUUCUAAACCUUUCGCUUCUUCUCUUGUGUCCACCCAUGGACUGUCCUUAA